CUGCAGUAUUGCAUACGGCAUGACAACGGCCGGUCGGCUCCGCGUCCAUUCGCAUCGCGAACUUCGCCCCGAAGUGUAAUCUAGUAAUCACUACUCAAACUAAAGUUAUACGGUUGUGAAAUCCGGAUAAUUGGAUCUGUGUACGAAUGAAUACAUAUUGAUCAAAUAUUUGAGAAGACAUGACAAUGUGGUGUGGUGAAUAAAGUGUGUUGUUAGUCGUUAGUGAUAUAGGAAUAGUGAAUAUUAUUGAGUGUAUUCUGUGAUGUCUUGAUAACAAUGUCUGCUGGUGUGUGGGACCUGAUGCCGUCGAGAGGCCGGUGGAUCGAGACGCUGCGGCACUGCGGCAAGACGCUGCUGCGCCGACAGAGGCGGCUGCUAAGGAGGUUAAAGAAGGCGUACCUACACAGUUGGCGCUCUGCAGACGAGCUGAACAUGUUGGUGGGUGCGAAGGUCGGGGGAGCGACGCCACUAGUCAUCGCUUGCAGAAACGGUCAUUACGACGUCGCCGAGUAUUUAAUCGAGAGAUGUAAAGCGGACAUCGAACAACCUGGUUCAGUGACAUUCGACGGUGAGACGAUAGAGGGCGCGCCCCCGCUGUGGUGCGCCGCGGCCGCCGGCCACCUGCCGCUGGUGAAGCUGCUGGUGCGCGCCGGCGCCAACGUCAACUCCACCACGAGGACACACAGCACGCCGCUCAGGGCAGCUUGCUUCGACGGCCAUUAUGAUAUCGUUAAGUUCCUAGUCGACAAUGGUGCCGACAUAGAAAUAGCAAAUCGGCACGGGCACACGUGUUUAAUGAUAGCGUGCUACAAAGGCCACAUUAGAAUCGCUAAGUACUUGUUAUCGCUUAAUGCCGACGUGAACAGAAAGAGUGUCAAAGGAAACACGGCGCUACACGACUGCGCAGAGAGCGGCUCCCUCAAUAUACUCAAAAUGCUGUUAGGAUACGGAGCCACUAUGGACGUAGAUUCAUACGGUAUGACGCCACUCCUAGCAGCAUCAGUUACCGGACACACACAUAUAGUAGAACACCUUAUAAACGCUGAACAUGGACUUGUAACAAGACAACAGCGCAUCGAUGCGCUAGAGCUGCUCGGGGCCACCUAUGUGGACAAACGACGCGACAUGGUCGGGGCGCUCGCAUUGUGGAAGAGAGCCAUGGACGACAGAUUCCCUGCGGACGGUAGCGAACCCAUUCCUAAGCCUAAAGACGUCCCACGCAUAGAAGCUUACGACUUUGCGGUGGAGCCCAGCAAUGCGCAACAACUAGAGGAAAUACUCGCCGACCCCGACGGCAUGAGGAUGCAGGCCCUGGUGAUCCGCGAGAGGAUCCUGGGCCCGGCGCACCCCGACACGUCGUACUACGUGCGCUACCGCGGCGCCGUGUACGCGGACGCGGGGCGCUUCGUGCGCUGCCGCCAGCUGUGGCACCACGCGCUCGACAUGCAGCGCGCCGUGCUGCCGCCGCUGUCGCCGCUCACGCAGUCCUCGCUGUACUCCUUCGCCGAGCUGUUCUCCUACAUGCUGGCCGAGCGCGCGCGGCCCCCGCUGCGCGGCCGCAUCGUGCCGCCCGUCACCUUCGAGGACAUCGAGCCCGUCUUCUCCAAGGCGCUCGACGAGAUCCACCGCGGCACGGAGCUGCUGGACUCCAAGCUCAGCAUCGACCGCGAGCAGACGCUCAGCACGCUGCAGCGAGUGCUCGUCAUCUCGCUGCACCUCGCCGCGCUCAUGGCGCGCCUGCUCGAGGAGCCCGACUGUACCGAGGAGGUGUCCCGGAAGAUCCACAAGGCUGUGUAUUCGCUCGUCAAGCUAGACAUUACGGUCCGCCAGGGCCGGUCUGCGCUGCACGUGGCGUGCUCGGCCGAGGGGGCGCGGGGCCGCGGGGGGCGCGCGUGGCUGGCCACGGAGCCCGCGCCCCCCGCGCCCCCGGCGCGCUUGGUGACGCUCAUGUUGCGGCUGGGCGCGCCGCCGGACGCGCGGGACGCGGACGGGAACACUCCGUUGCACCUCGUCUGCAAGCUGAACCCGUGCCCGGCGGAGGUGGUCCGCGAGCUGCUGGCGCACGGCGCGCACAUCGACACGGUGAACUACGAGGGCGAGACGGCGGAGCAGAUCCUGAAGGCGUCGGCGCAGAGCCUGGCCAGCAUCGUGAACCCGCUGCGCUACACGUCGCUGCGCUGCCUGGCGGCGCGCACGGUGAAGAACUACCGCCUGCCCUACCGACACGUGCUGCCGCUGUGCCUCUACUCCACCGUGCUCACGCACUGACCGACACGUACGUUUUCACACUUGUACUUUUGUUUCAAUCGUUAUUUAGCGUUUUAGAUUGGAAUGAUCAGUGCAUAUUUUAGGAACUUUUUGAGGCUACGUAUUCUUUUAAUUCGUUGUAAUACCACCGAAUUCGAUACCUUUACUUGAUAAACUGCCAUACGAAAUAGACUCAUAAGGCAAAGGUAUGAUUCGGGUUUAUACUAAAAUUGAGAACAAAGGAGAACUUAGAUAAUUAGUGUAGUCAAAGAAGCGAUUAACGCCGACGCCUGCCGUCUAGGGUAAAGUUAUUAUAAGUAGUUGGAAUGUCAGUUUUAGCAUAAACUUGGUGUUACUCUGAUGUCUAUUUUGUCACAGUAUUGUAAAAUCGGUAGCUCAGCUCAAAGCGGAAUUUAUAUGUUACUAUGUAUUAUAUCGAUACUAUUUACUAGUAUAACUUCAUAAUUCUGUGAAUUUAUGUUUUAUACUUAGUUUUUCUUUUUAAUUAACUCUCAUAGUUUAUACAUUUCAAAUCUAUAUUGUAUCGUAUUGAUUAAUUAUUAUUUUAUAAUUUUAUUGUCCAUUGACCGUAUGAUUGAAGGUACUAUAGCAUUAUUUUUGUACGUGUCAAAUAUAACGUCCUUGUAAUUGGUAGUAUAAUGGUACCAUAUAGAAAUAAAAUUUCAGUGCUGUGCCGUACGUGAUUUGAAUAGAUGUAAUUAUGUACAUUGGGAUAAGUAAGACGAACUUUUUAAUAUAACAUAUAGUUUAUGUAUCAGCAAAAUUACUGUUGGCGCUUCGAGGCGCCUGGUACAAGGAGUGACGAUGCUCUUUAUUGUGGGUAUUACAGAAUAAAAUCACCAUCUAUGUCACAAAUAUUAUUUGAACCUUUUUAUUCGAAGCUCAAAUGUAAAAUCAUUACUAUGUAUAAUUUCCACGUGAUAACCCCAAUGGAUGGAUUUAGUCUCCUCUAUGAAGGUGGACUUUAUGAAAUUUCGCAAUGGUUAUAAAUAGAUGAAGCUGGCCGAUGGAACCGUGUACAUACAUUACAGGAUCUCGCAGAAUGAUGGAGCCAUAGCUAACUGUUCUACUAAAUAAGUUUGAUUUACUUCAUUUUUGGACUGUUUUACAAGAUGACUUGAUCUGUUUGUAAUCGUUGGCGUGUCCGUGAUAUUUGCUUUUAUUAUUUGACUAUGACUGUGGCGCUGCGUCGUUGCACAGUUGGACUAGAGUCAGUAAUCGAGUGUUAUCGACCUAAAUCCUAUCUCUAGUCCUCUAUUAUUUUAGUACAUCUUGGACUUAUUACACUAACAACUUUAUUUCUAUGUCAGUGAUCAUCGCUUUAUGCAUAUAUCAAUGUAAAAACAAAUUAGACGUAAGUAGGCAUAUUAGAAAUUAAUGGAGAUACGUAUAAAUUGGUAUUGUAUAUUAUUAGUAAAUUGGAUAACGACAAAGUAAACUAUUAGUACUGAAUUGUUAAACAGUUGUUGGAAUUUUGUAACAACGAUAUUGUUCGCUACUUUGUGUGUAUUUCCUUAUAGUAUAUUGUAAAUUUAGUAAUACUGCGUGAUUAUAUGCUAGUUAUUUUUGAAAUUAAUAAAAUGCUUUAAAAUAA